AUGGACUGGAACAAUGUCCGAAAUAAACGCUCCUCGGUCGGCGCCUUGCUGAAUUACCAAAACUACAACCCCCAGACUUCGCCCCAGCGGUACCCCGUGUCCGCCUACUUCGCUGAAAACGACUCUUUCUACUCGCAUGGACCAAACGGAAACAGAACCUCAUAUUUCGAGUCCCAGCAUCCGCUCUACUGCGCAGACUGGCAGACUGCAAGCGGCAGAGACUUGGUGGCCCUCAGUUCCUUUCGCGAGGGAUACCAGAACCGAAUUCAGGUGGUUCUGGGCGCAGCUUACCACAGACGGAAUACCGACGAUGAAGAUCCAGCAGCAGCAGGAGCGACAGAUGAACUCGACGCGGCAGCACAGUAUCUGUGCGCGUUUGAUUUCUCGCUAGCGGCCGAGGCGCCCGUGGAUUAUCCCGUGACGCAUUUGCAGUGGGAUCCACUGGGAUAUACCCGCAUCGCAGCCUCGUCCGAGGUGCUUCGACUCUAUCUGCUUGACUGCGAAACACAGCCGGAGCCGACGCUUGUGCAGACGCAUUUGUUGGCCAACAAUUCGACUGUGCACGGCAGUGGGCCCGACCUGUAUGACAUCAACACCUUCCCGCCAGUAACGUCAUUUGACUGGAACAAAACAGACCCCAGCCUCAUCAUCACACUGUCUGUAGACACCACAUGUACUGUGUGGGAUCUUAAUCGGUCUGCGGCCACGGGAAAGCACAAGAACUCCGCACAGGUGAAGACACAGCUCAUCGCGCACGACUCCGAGGUUUUCGACGUAAAGUUCAUCCAUAGCAGCACCAACGUGUUUGCCAGUGUGUCCAAUGAUGGCUCCAUGCGCGUGUUCGAUCUUCGGUCGCUUGAACACUCUACUAUCAUCUACGAACCUACGCAAACGGUGGCUUCAGAUACACUCGGACAGUCUUUGGGCGCGCCCUACAAUCCACAGGCGCUUCUACGGUUGCUGACUUCGAACGUGGACCAGCACCACUUGGCCACUGUCGGCGUCAAUCUGAACCAGGUGCUAGUGAUUGACAUGCGCAUGCCUGGCGUGCCCAUAGCCACCCUCGACGGUCUGUUUGGAGGCGUCAGCCAUACCGCCAUCAAUCUGAUUGCUUGGAAUCCGACAUCAAAUCUUCUUCUUACCGGAGGUGACGACUGCCAGGCCCUCGUUUGGGACUUCACUCGGGGUUCAUCUGUGUCGACCCUGUCUAUGAAUUCUCACGACGGCUCGGUUGUGAUAGAUACCCCAGAGCUUGCGUUCCCGGAGGAUUUGGAGGUGAACAACGUCUGUUGGCGUGAAGGCGAUCCUGGAAACUGGAUGGGUGUUGUCAGUGGAAAGGGCUUCCAGGCAGUACAGGCGUGGUAG